AUGCCCCAAGGGGCCCUCCCAGGGUUCCUCACAGAGGUGGUGGUGACCCUAGGGGCCGUACCAGGUAUGGCGGCGACUCUAGGGGCCCUCCCUGGGCCGGUGGCGACCCCUGGGGCCCUUAUAGGGGCGGUAGAGACCCCAGGGGCUCUUUCAAGGGUGGCGGCGACCCCAGGGGUGACGAAACUCCCAGGGGCCUUCCCAAUGGAGGCGGCGCCCCCAGGGGUCUUCUCGGGGACGUUGAUGCCCCUAGGAGCCCCCAGGGUUCCUCACAAGGGUGAUGGCGACCCUAGGGGCCCUACCAGGUACGGCGGCGAUCCCAGGGGUCCUCCCUGGGGCAGCGGCGACCCCUGGGGUUCUCCCAGGGAGUUCGGCGUCCCCAAGGACCCUCCCAGUGGCGGUGGUGACUACAGGAAUCCUCCCAGGGGCCCUCCCAGAUGUGGUAGCGCAUUUAGGGGCUGCAGCGAUCCCAGGGGGCCUCCAUUGGGCGACAGAGACCCCGUGGGCCCUCCCAGUGGCGACGGUUACCACAGAGGGUCUCUCAAGGGCGGCGGCGCCCUCAGGGGCCCUCUCUCAUGCUGCAGCGACCCCAGAGGCCCUCGUAGUGGCGGCGUUUACUACAGGUGA